AUGGUACGUUUUAUUACUGACAUUCAAGUGGUUGACAAGAAUUCCCAGCUCCUGCACAAUCUCACACUAGGCUACAACGUCUGUGACAACUUAGUCAAUACACUUGGAACUUCAGAUGCCUUGAUGGACAUGCUCUCUACUGGAGAAGCCAAUGUUCCCAACUACAGUUGUGGAAGAAAGGACAACAUUUUAGCUCUUGUUGAUGCAACUCUCAAGGAUUACUCUAUCCAGAUUUCAACAUUAGUAGGCCCCUACAAAGUUCCACAGAUCCAGGAGGAGAAGGAAGGAGGAGGAAAGGAGUUUGGUGACUCCAAGACGGCAGCCAUGGCAGCCACAGGCUUUGUGUUAAUCAUAUUCAUCAAAUGCCAAGACACUCCCAUUGUCAAAGCCAACAACCGGGAUCUCUCUUACAUCCUCCUGGUCUCCCUCCUGCUUUGCUUCUUGACUCCUUUUCUCUUCAUUGGUCAACCAAGGAAAGAAACCUGUCUUCUCCGUCAAAUAGUUUUCAGCAUCAUCUUCUCAGUUGCUGUUUCUUCUGUCUUAGCCAAAACAAUCACAGUGGUGCUAGCUUUCCUGGCCACAAAACCAGGGAGCCGAGUGAAGAAAUGGUUGGGGAAGAGUUUGGCCAACUCCAUUAUCUUUUUUUGUUCUGCCAUUCAAAUGAUCAUUUGCUCCAUUUGGCUGGGCAUUUCUCCUCCAUUUCCUGACUCUGACCUCCACUCCCAGCCUGGAGAGAUCAUCCUGCAAUGCAACGAAGGGGCUGUUGUCAUGUUCUACGUCACCCUCAGCUACAUGGGCUUCCUGGCUGCCAUCUGUUUCACGGUGGCUUUCCUGGCCAGGAAUCUGCCUGGGGCCUUCAACGAAGCCAAGCUGAUCACCUUCAGCAUGCUGGUCUUCUGCAGUGUUUGGGUGUAA